CUACGUACACCGCGCAUCAGUGUACCGCCGCGGUGAAACAGUGAUCGGUGUCGAUCGUACGAAUCACGCGGUUAAUAAUUACGCGCGGUCCGUCUUCAUUAUAUUAUAUUAAUAAUAUCAUCUCAUCUAAUAAUACAUACGCUUGUCCGCGGUAUUUGAUAUUAUACGUUUAUUAUGCGAGUACUGCAACUUACUGUAUAGUCGUGGUGCUGGACGAAAUUUCGUAAUUUGUUUUUCGUACUAUACUAUUAUAUAAUAUAUUCAAUUAUUAUUUCCUACCGUACCAGUUACUACGCACAUAUACGUUUAUAUUUAUAUACCAUAAAAUAUAAUAGUAUAUGACGUGCUAGCUAAAAAUAUAGGCUUACCAGUACAACGGAAUCCUUCAGCUGACCUCCGGCAAACGACAUAUAUUAUUACCAUAUAAUAUAUUAUCAUGGAAGUUGAUGAAAAUACGUAUUUAAAACAUAAACGAAUGAAAGUGUACAGCUUGGAAACUAAUUCUAUCGUUGAGAGAAAAUGGUUUCUGGACCUUUUGACGUGCAUGUUCGGCGUGGGUGCUUGGAUACUGGUCAACAGCCUAUACACGCAGCUUCCGUUGCUCGUGCAGAGUGCGCCCGAAGGGUGGAACUUGCCUUCGUACUUGUCAAUCGCCAUACAAACCGGAAAUGUGGGCCCGCUGCUGUACAGCGCCUGGCGCCGGAAGUAUGGAAACCGGUACGAUAGGCCGCUAACGAUCGCCGUGCUUAUUUUCGGCGUGACGUCUGUGCUCCUGAUGGCUGGAUUUUACGACGUGACGGGCGUCGUGUUCGGCCAACCACACAGUGUGGUGCUCUGUGUGCUAACAUUCACCAUGGCGUUAGUGGGGUGCACUAGUUCCGUUCUGUUCAUACCGUCGUUGGCUCGGUAUCCGGACAUAUACCUGGUCACGUACAUGGUGGGUGAGGGCAUCAGUGGUUUCGUACCGAGCUUGGUCGCCAUCGUCCAGGGCGUGGGCACCACCACUUGUCGGACGGUUGAGCUUCCGGAUGGGCGGAUGUCUGAGGUAAAGUCGACGACCGAUGCGCUCUUCUCGAGCGGUCCGUUUUUCGUCGGCAUUGGCGUGAUAAUGUUUGCGAGUACAGUGUCUUAUCUGUGCCUGGAAUACUUGCCGACCUGCAAGAAAGAAAAAAUUCGGACACCAUCGGAUGACCAACUUCACCAGAACAUCGGUAGCAGUACCGAUAACCGCAGCCGCGGUCUGAACGUGUCGUUAUUGGCCGUGCAAGCUGCGAUCGUGUUCUUUGCCAACGGACUGUUGCCCAGCAUUCAAUCGUUCUCGUGUCUGCCAUACGGCUACAUGGCGUAUCAUUUCGCGACUAACCUGUCGAAUAUCGCAAACCCUGUGGCUUGUUUCAUCGCCUAUUACACGAAUCGGACGUCCAAAACCGUAAUAUACAUGUUGUGCAGCAUUUGUGUUGUGUCCACAAUGUACAUGUUGAUGACCGCCUUUACGAGUCCGUCGCCUCCAUUGAGUAAUUCAACUACUGGAACAGUCUUGAUCGUUUUUAUGUGGGCUUUAUUCUUUGGAUGUGCCUCUUAUGUCAAAUUAUCAAUAGCUGCAGUAUUAAGAAAUGAAGGUAACAGAGGACUAUAUCUUUACGGUUGCAUCACUCAAAUUGGAUCAACAGCAGGAGCAUUGAUUGGAUUUUACUUAAUUAACGUUGUACAAUUAUUGAAAUCAUAUGAACCUUGUUGAGGGUUUAAUUAAAUAAUAUAAUUAUAAAUGUUCCUUUAAACAAUUAAUAAUUGUAUUGAACUAAAGUAUAUUUUUUAUGAAGUGUAGAAUAAACUUAAUAAAUUAAACAAUGUUAUAGUAUA